CCGAGUAUUGGUAGGGAGGCUGAGGCUCGGCUCGCUCCAAAGGCAACCCGGCUGAUUUCUGCAACGCCUCGCCAAGCGGAGGGCUCGGAAGCGAGGCGCCGUUAUGGAUGUUCGCGAAGCCGGAGACCUUGGAAGUGAAGGAGGAAGAGGGGCUCCUUGACCCCCGGUCCUCGCCCUCGUCUUCCUCCCCCUCGUCUUCCUCCCUCGCCCCUUUCUCUUCGGGUUCCGAGGGGGAGGACGAGGUGGAAGAAGAGCCGCCCCACGUCCUCCUGUCCCCUUCGGGAUCAGCGCCCGAGGCGGCCGUAAAAGCAGCGGAGCACGCGCGCCUUCCUCUGCUCGGCUUGAGACGCCACGACUGUAAGAGGCGCUCCGGCCGGGCGCGAAAUGCCUCCCGCCUCACCAAGACGGCUGAGACGGUCCAACGGCUCAAGAAGAGCCGCCGCCUGAAAGCCAACAACCGCGAGAGGAACCGGAUGCACAAUCUGAACGCGGCCCUGGAUGCCCUGCGGGAGGUGCUGCCCACCUUCCCGGAGGACGCCAAGCUGACCAAGAUCGAGACGCUGCGCUUCGCUCACAACUACAUUUGGGCGCUCACCGAGACGCUGCGCUUGGCCGACCACUGCGGAGGCCGAGGAGCGGCAGCUGCCGCCGCUGCUGCUGCCGCCUUCUCCGAGGCAAUGCUGGGAAGUAUUAGUGGCGGAGGCGGCGGCAGCGACGGCAGCAGUAUUUCUCCAGCCUCAUCCUCGGGUUCCUGGAGCUGCACUACCAGCCCCGCUCCUUCGGCCGGUUCCUCGGCUUACAGCUGUGCUUUGUCGCCCUCCAGCCCCGGCAGCUCCGUCUCAGAGUUGGACUUCUGGCAAUCGGAAAAUCCCAGCUAUGUGCUAUCCAGAGAUUUAAUCUGA